GCGCAAGUUCAAGAAGAUUGCGAGUGUAUAAAUACCGCCGACAAGGACGCGUACACACUGAGUGUACACAGGUCGAAGAGCGUUUCCCUUAAUGGCGACCUCAUGUUCAAAAGUGUCACUUUGUUCUUUUCUGUGAAUGGAAACGGGCCGUUUGUUUCAACUCAAGCCGGUGAUUUCAUCCAGUUUCAUCAAGUGCAAUUUCUGUAGUUUGUUGUUGUUAAAAUCUUUUGCAUUUAUAUUUGAACGUAAGUAGCGAGAUAAGUUCUUGUAUUUUAUGUACAGUUUUUAUAACAAUAUUUGCGUAGCACCAGUCACCAUGAUUUUCACCGCACAUUUAAUCUUGACCACUGUUUUGUUCGCUGGACUUGUGAAAUGUAAUAGCGUAGCUUUGGACGAGACCGAAACAGUACCUGUCAAAGUUUCUUUAAAGAGAAAUGGCUUUUGGCGAUCUGAGGACUGGCAUGUUUUCCAAAUUAAGGCGUUCGGGCAAGUUUUCACGCUGAACCUGAGGCCGGACGACAGUUUCAUGGCUCCUACGUUACACGUUCAGCGCGUAAAAGGGAAACAUCUCUCGGCUGUUGCGAACGGCUCCGGGCAUGAGCGCGUCCUCGAGGAUAUACUGCUUGAGCCCAGAGAAAGCGAGCAGGAGCUCAGGGGCUGUUUCCACACGGGUACAGUAAAUAAGGACGAGGAGUCGCUGGUCUCCGUCAGUCUCUGCCGUGGCAUCCGGGGAACUUUCGUAACGCGCGGUCGAGAGUACUUCAUCGAACCAGUCGGUGCGCGCACUGGAGACGCGAGGCGGACUUUCUCUCAGCCUCACGUCGUUAAAAGGCGAGUGUUUUCCAGAAAGUUCGGCGUCAAGGGAGAGGAAGAGGACAACAGUUAUGUGAAGCAUGGUAUAGAUCAGUCGAACGAAUAUGAACAAAAAGCGCAAAAGCGGGAGCGGAGGUUUGUUUCAGCAGCCAGGUACAUCGAGACCCUGGUUGUGGCGGACGCUUCCAUGACGCGUUUCUAUGGAGACGAGAUCAAGCACUACCUAUUAACCAUAAUGGGGAUGGCCGCACAACUUUUUGGCCACCCUAGCAUUAAGAAUGCAGUGAGCCUAGUGGUGGUCAAGAUGUUGGUGGUGGAGGAUGAGGAUGUUGGACCUGAGGUGUCCAGAAAUGGUGGAAUGGCCCUACGCAACUUCUGCACCUGGCAACAGCUCUUUAACCCAGCAAGUCCACGCCACCCUGAGCAUUACGAUACAGCCAUUUUGUUCACUAGGGAGGAUAUUUGUGGACAUCAGCAUUGUGACACCCUUGGUGUAGCUGAUGUAGGAACCAUGUGUGACCCCAAAAGAAGCUGUUCAGUCAUUGAGGACAACGGCCUUCAGGCAGCCUUCACUGUGUCACAUGAGCUCGGCCAUGUACUAAGCAUGCCGCACGAUGACUCCAAAACCUGUGAGAAAUUGUUCGGUGAUAUUGAUGGACACCACCUAAUGGCUCCCUUCUUUGUCCACCUCAACAAGACACUUCCCUGGUCACCAUGCAGUGCUCUUUACAUCACAGAGUUCUUCGACAAUGGGCAUGGUGACUGCUUACUGGACAUGCCAGACCAGACUAUUCCCUUAAGGGCUGAGCCUCCGGGCCACAUGUUUGGUCUGGACCGUCAGUGCCAGCAAGCAUUCGGGGAGGAGUUUACGCGCUGCCCCAAUGCCCCGGAGGACCAAGCCUGCAUCCAGUUAUGGUGCCGUGAAGAGGGCAAACUACAGUGCACUACCCGUAAUGGGAGCCUGCCCUGGGCCGAUGGCACACCCUGUGGUGAAGACCAGAGCUGCCGUGGGGGUGUGUGUGUGUCAAGCAUAUUGGCAGAGAAGGAAGAGAAGGAACCAGUCAAUGGUGGCUGGGGUGCAUGGGGCCCCUGGGGUCCAUGCUCUCGGACUUGUGGCGGUGGGGUUGAGUUUUCCCAUCGUGAGUGCACAGAUCCAAUGCCACAGAAUGGAGGAUCCUACUGCGUGGGUCAGAGAGUGAAAUACCAGUCCUGCAACAUUCAGACCUGCCCAGGAAAUCAUGGUAAGAGCUUCAGAGAGGAACAGUGUGAGAAAUACAACAGUGAUCGUUACUUGAACAUACAUGGCAAAAUAAAGCAGUGGAUCCCAAAGUAUGCUGGUGUUUCGCCCAGGGAUCGGUGCAAACUUUUCUGCAGAGCCAAGCACAGCAAUGAAUUUAAAGUCUUUGAAGCCAAGGUCGUGGAUGGUACAACCUGUGGUCCAGACACCACGUCUAUCUGUGUCCAGGGACAAUGCAUCAAGGCUGGCUGUGACCAGGUCAUAGGCUCCAAUCUUAGGCUUGACAAGUGUGGUGUCUGUGGUGGAGAUGGCACAAGUUGCAGAAAAAUCAGUGGCACUCUAAACAAAGCUACAUUUGGAUACAAUGACAUAAUUACAAUUCCUGCUGGGGCCACCAACAUUGACGUCAAGCAGCGUAGCCACCAUGGCAUCAAGCAUGAUGGUAACUACCUGGCAGUGAAGGCCGAGGAUGAAACCUACAUUCUUAAUGGGAAUUUCUCAGUAUCCACGGCUGAACAGGACAUUCCAGUGCGUGGUGCUGUCCUUCGAUACAGUGGCUCAUCCACUACCCUGGAGCGGCUUCUCAGCUUCCAGGUACUCCAGCAAACCAUUACCAUCCAGCUUCUGUCAACAGCAGGUGACAGCUCACCACCCAGGGUUAAAUAUACCUUCUACCUUCCCCGGGAUCUUCCCUUCAGCAAGCCAGACGCAGAGAAGAGCCUCUCCCCACAUGUCAUUUUGCCGUUUGGAGGAGCCGAAUGGGUCCUGGGGGAGUGGUCCGAGUGCUCUAAGAGCUGUGGUGCUGGCUGGUCCAGGAGGAGCGUCGAGUGUCAGGACAGAACAGGAGCCCCAUCUUUCUUGUGCGACAUGGAGCUACGGCCAACCGACAUCCGACCGUGUGGUGAUCUGCCCUGUCCUGUAUGGCAGAUGGGUCAAUGGUCAGCCUGCUCUCGGACUUGUGGUGCCGGUGAGCGCCGGCGCAGCGUGCUGUGCAUAGACUACACAGGCAAGACCGUGGAACCAGAGAAGUGCGACCCAGAUAAGCAGCCGGAGGCUGUUUCCACAGAGUGCUUUUACCAAGACUGUUAAAACUUUUCCCUGUAUCAAAGAACAGGGGCAGGUGGUGGCAGAGGUUUAAGAUCCAUAGGGCAGGUAGUGGAUGAGAGAGCUAUUAACCUAACACUCUCCCUUUAAAAUAGGAAGCUGACCAUGCUUCAGAAGCAAGCUAGGAAAUUUUAACAUAAAAAAUGGGUACAGAAAUCACCUGUCAAGCGUAAUAAUGGCAUUAGAUUAUGAGGUUUCAUCUAUAUGAUUAAUUCUCAUUGUUAUUCAUAUUCUUUUUUUAACUUUUAAUCAUCUAACCACAAUUGAAUAUACUUUCCUGCCCCACUGAGAUCUACCUCAAACCAUAAAAAUGUUGUAAUACUAAAGGAGAGAAUUCUGUUUUAAACUUUACUACAAAGGAAUAUCACCUUUGCAAAAAAACCUGCUGAAUUUUAUUCAAAUAUGACUGGUCAAAUACCUCCAUUUUAAUGCAUUUCAGUCCACAGUAGACUGAUAGAUUAUCUAACUGAGUCAAAAUUUAAAGCUACCUGAGACAUGAACACACCAGCUUCACAAGUAGGAGUGUUCCUCUCUUUAGGCUUAGUCCACAUCCAACUGCCUUUUUUUAGUAGUUAAUUCUUCAUACACAUGCUUAUGCUCUAUUUCACAUGUUUAAUUUAUUUGCCAGUUUGUAUUCUAUAACAAUGUGUUUAUUAAUUAACACUCCUCAUAAUUUAACGCUGGGUAAUAUGAUAGGAAAUACUUACAAGAUUUACAUAUUUCAACACUGGAAUUUAGUACAGUCCUUAGCCACAUAGGGAUAAACAGACAUCAUCUAGGCCAAUGUGAGAGCUAUUGAAUAGUGAGGGCAUUUAACUUCUUAGUAUCUGCUUUUAACAUUUGUCUGCUUUCUUUUUAAAUUAUCGAGCUGCUUUCUAGUUUGUCACAGUGAACUUGCUCAAUCUAGAUGAUAAACUCUGUUUUGUAUUAUAGCCAGGCCAUCAUACUGUUUGAACAACUGUUAAGAUAUGGCGUCAAUCUUUUCUAAAGCCACUUUUUACUAUGUGUUUUCUAAACCAUCCGUUGUUACACAAAACAUACAAACAAAUGUAUACAUCAUCGAAAUGCAAAUCCCUCUGGAGAAAAGUAUUUUUCAUAUUGUAAUGCCUGGGAAUUAGUUUUAAAGAAAAAUCUGAGACUGGUCCUACAAGGUAGAGUAGAGCAAAGAGAGUGAUGAUCUAGCUCAACUGACUAAAAGGCUCUUUUUCAGGAAUAGGUAAAAUCAUUCCAGAUUUUUGAGCUGAAAAUAAUGAUUAUUAGAAAAACAGUCAAGUCAACAAGAGACAGUAUAUAUUAAAUUAUACAACAGUUUGAUUGACAAGUGGCAUUCCAAUAGUAUAACCACACUUUUGUAUCACUCCGCUUGUCUGUGUUCACUACAUAAAAUUCCAAUUCUAGCAAAUAGUUUGUUACAUUGAACCGUUACUACUCUUAAUACGGGCUGUCAGUCAGUCUGUCCGUUACAUGGCAACACGCACCACUCUAUCUAGCUGUGGCUUCUUUGGGAACUAUUUUCAUUGACAAAACAAAAAUAAACAAAAUAUUUGGCCAUAUUUUGUCUGAAAUGUCAGUUACUCGAUAUUAAUUUCUUGUUUAUAGAACUGUUGUAUAAAAGCAAUAUUACACUCGCAACCAUGCUGUUGUACUGAAUAUCUGCAUGACUGUGAUUACCUGCAGCCAAAUCACAGCAGUGCUGAUAUUCAGUACAACUUUCUUGCUCAUGGGAUAUUGCUUAAAUGUUUGCCUCUCUUUGCUCAGGCCCAAAAGAAAAACUAAAACAACUGCAUAAAACCCUAAUAUAAAUGUGUUAGUCCAAAGAUUUGCAUUCCUUCUGAAUGAGAUGUUCUGAAAUUAUGUAGAUCUGAAACUAGACCAUUCUAUCCCUUCAGUGAAGGUCUGUAUGAUGCUAUUGUUAUAGCUUCCUUUUUAAGGUAUUUAUUUUUUCUAACUUAAAACACCCAAGUUGUGUUUUAUUUCUUGUUGCUGUUGUCUGUCCUAUAUAACUGAUAUGAACUGAAAUCAUUAAUUAAAUGUGUCUGAACAUGUUCAGUAUGGUGUUUUAUUUGGUGUGAUACCUGAAUAAACUCAAACCCUGCUCAGUAAAA